AUUUUUUUAUGCUACGGAAUAUGUUUGAUAUUCUUUACGUAUCUAAUGGUUGGAAUAAAAAAAACUGUUUCGAAUAUAUUUAAAGAUCGAUUUAAAGAAAUAUAUAUAAUAUAUACCUAUAGCCACUUAAACAGUUUUUAUUUUUUGAGUAAGUAUAGUAAAUAUAUUUAUUGCGCCAAGUAUAUCAGCGAGCAUAAAUACCUAUUUUUUUAAAAAUAGGUCCAAAAUCGAAUCUUAAAUUGUUUACGUAGUCGAUUACGUUUUAAAUUUUGCACUUGACUUUUGCCAAGAUAUUCGUUGGCAAUUAAGCCAAGCCAAAAUUACUAAAUAAAAUUCAUCAUUUGUGUGUGAUGGCUUCCUAUUGGUUUAAUUCAUGACUCGAGCAAAACCAGCCUAACGCUGCAUAAUGCCCAACCACUCUAAGGGAGGUACCUCAACUUACUGUGGAAGAUUUUCUAAUUUAUCCCAUGCGAGCAAUUUUUUCCUUAUCGCUAAAUUUUAUUUCAUUUGUUUCAUCAUUAUUUUCGUUGAUAAGUAACAGUUCUUACCAAUUUGGUGGGUAUAAAUCUAUUAUUUUGAUUUGAUCUAUUUAUUAUUUAUGUACUUAUACAUUGAAUCCUAACAACUCCGUUCAUACACAUAGUUAUACUUUUGUUAUAAUUACAAGAAAAAUGAUUGCAUUGACGUAACUCAAAACUAUUGCCGAAUGAUUCGUUUUAAUAAAAUUUUGUGAUUUCAUUUUUGAGUCCUGCAACCAACAAUACCGUGGCAUUUUGCCAAGACCUAUUCUACGAUUGUUGGCAACACUGUGUGUUUACUGUUGCAGAUUGUCAAUUGGGAAAGCGUCAACUAGAUUUCUUUGUGUUUGUUUAGUCCGAAAAAGUACGUUUGCUUUACUUUAUCUCGCCUAAUUGUGGUUGUUUAUGUUUCAGUGUGAACAAUGAUUUGCGAGUCGGAUUUUUCGGAACACUAAUCCCUUCGCGAUUUUUUGUGAAAUUUUCAACUCCUGAAGUAAAGGACUCGCCCAGUUUUGUUUAUAACUAGACACUGAACUUUACGGUAGCUCUUUUCGUUGGACUCUACAGCCGGUCGGAAAGUGUUUUUUGUUUUUAAUUUCACAAUAAUUGUGAUGUGCUCUAAUCAUCCUCCAAGCAAAAGUACCUUCAGAAGUCUUGUCCCAAGAAAACUAGCCUACACCAAAAGAAAAGGAAUCUUGAUACACCCGACGGCCAUGUUUAAAAACUUUUCUAAUAGUAGUGUUAUAAUUUGUUCGUGUCUUACAAUAUAAACUGUACAUUUUAUCUUUUCGUGAAAGUAUUCCUUGUGAUAUUUUCCAGUUUGACUAACAUGAAGCUUUUAGAAAGCACCACAUUUGAAGCCAUAAACAAUGCCCUCCAAAUACAAACAGGGGAUAGCAAAAUUAUUGGACGAAUUGAGAGUUACUCUUGCAAAAUGGCUGGUGGUGAUAAAGCCUUUUACAAAAGAUUUAAUGCAGAAGGAGUAAAUCCGAAUGAUUUGCAAGCAUUGUCACCACCGCAGGGAUUGUCACAAUACAGCAGAAGUAUAUCUGGAGAUGAGGAAGGACCGCUUUGUGACACAAUCAGUCGCAAAACUUUAUUUUAUUUGAUAGCGACCUUAAAUUCAUCCUUUCCUGACUAUGACUUUAGUGAUUUGAAGAGUCACGAGUUUAGCAAAGAGCCAUUUCCGCAAUGGGUGACCAACGCGAUCGACUCCAACCUUACUGCAACUGCCGGAGAUCAUUACCGUAUCCUCAAGCCCAGCCUCUGGGCUGCUAUUGACGCAGAAAUAUCUUUGGAUCAUUGCGACAUAUAUUCAUAUAAUCCCGAUCUGGCAUCCGAUCCAUUUGGAGAAGAUGGGUCCCUUUGGAGUUUCAAUUAUUUUUUUUACAACAAGAAACUCAAGCGGAUUGUAUUUUUCACAUGCAGGGCUAGCAACCCUAAUUAUUCUAUGGAUUCUGGAUUUGGAAGCGACUUUAUAAUUGAAGAAGAUGAGAUUUAUGAGUAAAAAUGGGACUUCAUUCAAGAGUUUAGCUCGAAGAGCUGUUUAUGCAUUAUUGUUAUUCAUUACACGUUGAUUGCACUUGCAACUGGUUCUGGAUAGGAUAUAGAAUAGUUGAGCCCACUUUUAAGAACUAAUAAAUCUAUGCACAAUAGAUUUAUUGCAGGAAGCAUGUAUUUAUUGGUUUUAAAACUUAAUAUGGUGCAAUAGUUUAAGCAUAAAGUUUCACGUAUUUUGGACUGAAAUCUAUUGGUCAAUAAAUACUAUUUAGAAAACUUUUGGUGAGAGCAAAAGUACAAACUAAUUUUUAGGUACUUAAACUAAUUAUUAUCUUGCAAGAAUUUCAUUAGUUUUUUGAAAUAAAGAGUGCAUUGUUUUCCUUAGUAAGAAUAAAGUGUCUGAUGUUCAAAAUGUUUGUGAUACCUUCCACAAAUUAAUUGGAAUAAACAACAAAAACAGUAUUAUUAUUAUUAGAUAGCACACCAAAUUACAAUUUUACAGUGUUGCGAUUUAUUGGGUUAAAAUUUGAAGUGUAAUUUGCAACAACCAAAUUUUUCUUAUCAUUUAACAUGUUUGCUAAGCUGGCAUGAUGUAGUAUAAGUACCUGUGUAUUAUAUUAAUUCUUGUGGUAGUAUCUGUUACUUUUAAUAUUCGAUCAAAACUUUAGUUAUUUAGGGCGAGUUUGCGCUGUAGGUCAAAUUAUUUCUCGUACUAUUGUAAAACUUGAUCUCACUCAGUAGUUCAUUUAUUUGAAUAUUUUAACAAACGGCAAUCAGAUGCAUAAUUUAUCUCCGAAGUUGUCAUAUAUCUAUCAUAUUUUGUGAAU